ACAGCUCAUUCAGUCCCGCCCAUUUCACUAUCCUGUCCAAUCACAUGUGACGUUGCUUUGUUAUCGUACGUGAGCUGACAGCGGAACUAAACAAUCGAGAGAGAGGCUAUCUGCCAUUAACCUACACAACAAGAUGGAGGUGGAGCAGCUCCUGUCUCUGUCUGGCUCAGCGCUAGCCCAGGCUGUCAGCUCCCUGCUGGAGACCCCAGGACUCUACGUCUUCUCCGACAUCCUGGAGCUGCCAAAUGUCAGAGAGCUGGAGAACGGGCCUCACGCACCAGUGUACCAGCUCCUCAACCUUUUUGCCUAUGGAACCUACUGCGACUACAAAGAGAGAGCCGCCUCUCUUCCAGAGUUGACCCCCGCACAAAGAAACAAACUCCGCCACCUGUCCAUCAUCAGCCUGGCAUCCAACCUCAAGUGCCUGCCGUACUCGCUGCUCCUGCAGCAGCUUGAGCUGAAGAAUGUGCGAGAGCUGGAGGACCUACUGAUCGAUGCUGUGUACUGCGACAUCAUCCAGGGCAAACUAGACCAGAGGAACCAGCAGGUGGAGGUGGACUGCAGCGUGGGCCGUGAUCUCGGCCCCAAUGAGCUCCCAAACAUAGUCAACACGCUUCAGGAGUGGUGUACAGGCUGUGAGGCGGUGCUGUGUGGUAUUGAGGAGCAGGUCUCGAGGGCAAACCAAUACAGAGAGAGUCAGUUAAAAGUCAAAGUCCAAGUGGAAACAGAGGUUUCAAACCUACAGAAAACGUUAAAGGCCAGCGCCGCCUCUCCGUCGUCAGGCCCCGCCCCUGCUGGAGCCGCCUCUAAUCAGGACGCAGAUCAGCCCGCAGAACCCCGAGACCCUGCCUCCUCUCAGGAACCACGACAACCAGGCAAAAAAAGUUCAAAGGUGAAAGGGCUGCGUGGCAGUGGGAAGAUCUGGUCCAAAUCCAACUGAAGAAAAGAGACUGAGACAGCGGCACUGAAGGACACUGACAGAUUAAAGGACACAUGGACACAUUGAUGGACAAACGGAUACAUUAAACAAUGUGACCAAUGUUCAAGGACACCUUUGUGUCUCUCUCUCUCUCUCUCUCUCUCUCUCUCUCUCUCUCUCUCUCUCUCUCUCUCUCUCUCGCUCUCACUCUCGCUCUCUCUCUCUCUCUCUCUCUCACACACACACACACACACAAACACAAACACACACACAUAUACACACUCAUCACAAUAAAACCAGGAAGCUUCAUGGGAACUUUUCUGAUCUCCAAAUCUCUCCUUGACGGAUUCACGACCUGAUGGGAACGACAGGUGCGACAUCUACUCUUGCAGAUCUUAAUAGCCUAACAGGCAGACUGGCAGCACACACACACACACACACACACACACACACACACACACACACACACACACACACAGUCGCACACACACACGCAGUCGCACACAGUCACACACACAGCACUUCUAUCAAGUCAAGAUCAAACAGUCUGCAGCAGGAGUCAGUUGCCUUUGACCAGAAAGAGGAUCAAUGUAUUUGAUGCAGAUGUGUGUAUCUAUUGGUUUAAAAUGUUCUUUUGGUUUAGAUUAAUAUUUCUUUGUAUUUUUCUCUCUGCUGAGUUGAAACAUGUAUAAAAUCAGAAUAUAAAUGGUCGGGAAAUAAAAGGAAGCCCUGUACUUCUCUGGACUGGC